GGUACCUCCCUUCAAUGUCUGCCUGAAUUGUCAGGUGCUAUGCAGGAUUUCAGGGGAAAUAUUUUAUAUUUUUUGAUUGACUUUAUUUUGUAUUUUUCUGUCAGACUGUUCUCUAAAUGUCACCAUCCACAUUACGAUCCAUGUCCAGAGCACGUUUUCCACGUCUUCCUCUUUCGACCCAGCUUUAUUGAGGCCACGUUUGUUGUUUGUCGGAAGUGACGAAAGCAGAGGACCGAUGGCGGCUCACAGUUUGCUCCCGGAUAUGUUCAGCAACACAUUUGAUGGGGCCUGAUUGGACGUUUUGCACACUUGGUCAUUUGUCUGAAGUGUUGCGAUUAACAUCGAAGCCGUCGAGAACAGCAGUCGUGAAUGCAAACAGGAAAAAUCUGUUGUAGAACUCGUUUGAUCCAGGGCUAGCUGGCUUGCCAAUGAUACUCAAGUCCAGUUAGCCUUUGAUCGCAAAGGUUUGUUUGUAUGCGUGGCUGCACACUCUAGGACAGCGAAAAAACCCGCCAACGACGUUACACAGUCUGGUUAUUUUGUGACAGUGGCUGGAAAGUGCAUCCGAAUUAACGUCAGCUAACGUUAGGUGCUUUGGUUUGGCUAACGCCGCUCGCGUUACUUCAGAAAGCAGAGGGAAGUGGUUAGCCGACCUGAAUAACUGUAUCCGUAGUUCAAGUUCAAGCUGUUCUGUAGUCAUUUGCCGCUAGUGGAUGCUUUGAGUCUUUUCUAUGAGUCACCGUUGCCCUCCGCUGUCAGCAUGUUGAAAACACGUCAAUGUUUACUCGGGAUUCGCACCUUCCUUGGAGUGACGUCUAGGAUAUGGAGUUUCUUUUUAUAUAUACUCAGGAAGCAUCUACGAACGAUAAUCCAGUACCAAACAGUGCGUUAUGACACAUUACCUCUCUCUCCUGUUUCCAGAAACAGACUCAAUUCAGUGAAGAGAAAAAUCUUGGUCCUGGAUCUGGAUGAGACUUUGAUUCACUCUCACCAUGAUGGUGUCCUUAGACCCACAGUGAGGCCUGGAACACCACCAGACUUUAUCCUGAAGGUGGUAAUAGACAAACACCCGGUCAGGUUUUUUGUCCAUAAAAGGCCACACGUCGAUUUCUUUUUAGAAGUGGUUAGCCAAUGGUAUGAGUUGGUGGUGUUUACAGCUAGUAUGGAGAUUUAUGGAUCAGCUGUAGCAGAUAAGCUUGAUAACAACAGGGGGGUCCUAAAAAGAAGAUACUACAGACAGCAUUGCACUUUGGAUCUAGGGAGCUACAUAAAAGAUCUCUCUGUAGUAGACAAUGAUCUCUCCAGUAUAGUUAUUCUGGACAACUCGCCAGGAGCUUAUCGAGGUCAUCCAGACAAUGCAAUACCCAUAAAGUCGUGGUUCAGUGACCCAAGCGACACAGCACUUCUUAACCUGCUCCCAAUGUUGGAUGCAUUGAGGUUUACCUCAGAUGUUCGCUCCGUCCUCAGUCGAAAUCUCCACCAGCAUCGGCUCUGGUGAUCAUAUCUGGGGCUGGUCUUAUCUGGCCUCUGUUUUUACAUGGCUCUACUCGCUCGCUGUUAGCAUCACCUUUGCUGGAACUGUCAGCUUCUCAUCAUUAAAGACAUGGGAGGACAUAAAGGAUGUAAUGUGGAGAUUAUGGAGAAGCUAUAACAAAUAAACUCAAAUCAAAUGGAGAGGCCAGCAUUUUUUCUUGUAUUGUUUUUCCCUUAAAAAAUGGAAUUUCUGCCGUACAGUUGUUGGAUUCAACGUGUGCAUGUUUUUCUGAGCGAAUGGAUGAGGAUGCUUGUGAUUUCCAUUUUUACCUUACUUUUUAAAUUAAGGAAUUGGUGAACAAGAUAUAACUUCCAGUCAUUUUCCACACUUUGUUAGCACUUAUUCCCCCUUUCUUCAAGAUUACAUGUUUUUCGUUCAGUAUGACCCCAGCAGAAGUGGUCAAUUCACCUUCUCGUCCACUCAUUCUCUCUUAUUCUUUACUUUUUCUGUCUGCCAUCUCAAGAAUCUGAGCCUCUUUGUGUUAAGAGCCGAGGAGCUGUUACUAACAGUAUUCUGUGGUUGAAAUGAUAUUUAAGAUCAGCAGGAGGGAAAACAACAGUUCAUCAUUACCGUUAUUACAGCUUAUGGUAUUUUUUGUCUUUUUUUUUACUGGCUCAUACAGUAUGUGGAACCUUGGAUGAAUAAGAUAUCAUCUGUUUCAAAGACACUUUUUAGACUUUCUUCGAUAUGGAUACAGCCGUUGAGGGAGAGACACUGAGCCACAAGGACUGUUAUAACUAAAAGAAUAAAAUGGAGCCUUUUGUCAACAACCGAUUUACAGUGUCUUCAACCUUUUUUUUUUUUAGCAUUUUGCAUUUUAGAAUGACUUGUCACAACAUGUAAAAUGUUCAAACUUGUAACAAUUUCUCGUUAUAUUGAAUUGUGAGACCACUCUGUGGUGUUUUUAUUUCAAAGCACUGAAACUCAAACUUGAACGUGUGAAUGUUGUAGGUUUUUGCUAGUCUGUUUACAGCAAUAAGAGGAACUAUGUAACACUGUCAGUGUUUUAAAACCAGAUUUAAUUCAGACUGUAACAAGUUCUCCUGCAUGAUUUUCCUAUAUUUUGCACAAUCCAUUAUUUACACAAUCCAGUUUUAUUAUAAAACCCACUUCCUGCUGAUGAAAAGCAGACCUUAACGGAAUAGUUCACUUUCAAAAUGACAAUUCUGUCAUUAUUUACAUGCCCUCUUGUCAUUUCAAAUCUGUGUGACUUUCUUUGCUGCAUAACACAAAAGAAGAUAUUUUGAAGAAUGUUGUUUACAGAAAACCAUUGUUCCUCAUUGACUUGCAUUGGUUUUGUGUCCAUACCAUAGAAGUCAAUGGGGAUCACCGUUUUUUGGUUACCAACAUUUUUCAAAAUAUCUUCUUUGGGUUUGCAGAAGAAAGAAAAUCACAGGUUUAAAAUGACAACAGGGUGAGUAAAUGAUGAAAGAUUUUUCAUUUUAAAGUUGAACUAUUGCUUUAACAAAAAACACUUUCACUUUAGGUACUUUAAGUGUUAUUCAUGACAACUCAUUUAUAUGUAAAUUGUCUAAAUCAAAUAAUUGUCAAUUUAUGUAAAAAGGGAUUUAUAAAUAAUAUGGCUCGACAUUUAUUCUGCUUGCAUUUCAUGAAUAAUGCCCACUGUGUUCAGAGAUGUGUACUGUUGGAGUUGUGCCACAUUUGGCUACAAAAUAUUUUCUAAAUUGGCUAAAUCUCCAAAUGUGUUUUCUCUGUGCAAAAACAAAUGUCUAAAGGAUCCUCAAAGUGAUUUAUGGCUUCCCAUAGAGCUCCCAGUGUUUGUGUUGAGAUUUUAUAAAAUUAUAUUUUAUAGGCAGUUUCCCAGCCACAUCCUGCUAUUUGAAGCAGUGCCCACUGGGGUUUGCAAACACUAUAGUUUUGUACCCUCUGCCUUCUGUGCUUCUGUGUUCUUUUAAAGUCUUGUUAGCCAUUGCCCUUUUAGAUGAAUGUGUGAAGGCAUACAAAAAGUUUCAGUGCUUAAGAUGAAAGCAUAACGGAGAACCACAUUUUAUUAUUGAAAGGUUUGUUUUGUUUGUUCCUAAGUCCUCACUCUCAUUUGUGGUCCCUCAAAAUCUUGAGAUAAGCAUGAGUAAGGUUUAAUAGUUAAUAUAUAUCCCUUUCUGUCUUGAUAGAAACCAAGUAGAU